AUGACCGGUCAUCCGUCUUGGCGGCUGCUGCCGGCCGCCUCCCCUGACAUCCCCACGCUCUUGGUGUCGACGGCUUUCACGGAAGACUCAUACACCGUGCACCUCUCUGAUCUCGCCAAUGUGUGGGUCGAAAGCUUGGAUCGGAAACCCCUCAUCCACCGAGGAGUGAUGGAGGGUACGAGCAUUGACCCAAGCGAUGGGCCUGGCCAAAUUCGAAGGCUCCUGGAGCUCUUGGCGGCUGCCUUCGACAGCAAGGAUGCCGAGCAUGCCAAUACCUCCCUCGUCCUUACCCGGGGUGACGACGACAACUCUCUUGUCCUGCACAUCACUUGUCUGCUCCCAGAGCCCCUGGAACCGCUGAAAUGGAACAUGCGCCUGAAGAAAUGUCCGCAGUCCACCAUAGCAUCCGAGCUUGUCCUCCCACUGAUCCAAGCGCACGAGGCCCGCACGCGUGAUAUUGAUCGCCUCAUUUCGCUUCUACGCGACAAGGAUGCCGUGAUCAACAAGCUAAUCGACAAACUCGAAGCCACGGGAACAGCGCUAGAAUACGUCUUCCACGCACUGUCGGGGAAGCGUCGGGUCGCUAGAGCCACCGCAGAAGCGAAUGUGAAAGGCCUAGCUCCCUUCUCUGAAGCUGAUUUCAGGAGUGAAGCUGCUGAGCUUCGCGAUGUGGCUCAGGCCUCGGAUGUGUCUGCUCUCCUCGGGACGGUCUUCGGGGCCUCUGGCCUGCGGUAUAGUUCAGAUCUGGAAAUAGAGGCGUCAUCGUUUCUGAAUGAUUGGUGGACGAAGAUCUCAAAGGGCAGGAAGGUUGUUCUAUCCGACUGCCCAGGGAAGAAAGAAUCCCGCAAAGCCUCCCCACCUCCAGAGCCUGAGCCAAGCAAAGAGGAGGAGGACGACUUCCAGGUGCAGGCUACUCCACCAGGCCUGCGGUCCGGCAAGAGGCUUGACCAUCCUUCCCAGACAGCAGAUGAUGAAACAUCGGAUGGCGAAGACCUCGCGGAGGCCACGACCCGUUCACCCGCGACCAAGGCCACGGUGCGGAGUAAGGGCUCUGGCUCCCAACGGGGAACCAUAGGUCGACACAAUAGACCGUCACCCUCCCCUCCGUCACCAAGCACGUCCCAGCGCUCGCCCGCCAGGAGGACUGCCCCGGGGGGUAGCGAUUCCGAGACGGCUUCGGAAGGUGACGAUAGCGACACGCACAGCUCUCCUCCAAGAUCACCCUCCAAGCCUUUGCCAAGGCGUGGAGGGUUGGGCCGCAUUGGCGGAAAGCCAAAGACAGAAACUGCAGCCGCCACAUCACCCUCCCCGCCUCCACCAGAAGGUGGAUCGAGCCAACUGCCAAAGAGGCACAAACUUGGCGUGAUCGGGAAGACAGCGCCAAGUCCUGUUCCGGAGCCGUCCGCCGCGAGUGCGAGCGAUGACUCCAGGGGUCGAAGCAGAACACCGGCGACUGCACCUAAGGAAGAGCGGAAACGAGAGACAUCACAGGAACGAGCCGACCGGAAGCGGGCCGAGCUCCAGAGGGAAAUGGAGAAGCGCGCGGCUGCGGGUCCUGCGAAGAAGAAGCGCAGGUUUUGA